UACACCAAUCAAUGGAAAGAGCUGAUGAUGUCUGCUCUGUCAUGUGAUCUGUUGUGUCCAAUCCCAGCUGAUCGCAUGGGACAUGUACACUGAUCAUCAGGGCACUGAUGAUCAGUGUGCCCUGAUGAUCAGUGUAGCCCCAUCAGUGUCACCUGUCAGUGUCCAACGCCACCUGUUAGUGCCCAUCAAUGCCACAUGUCACGGCCUACCAGUGCACAUCAAUGCCACAUAUCAGUACCCAUAUGAGCUGUCUUUCAGUGCCAUCUAUCAGUGACAGUCAGUGCCACCUAUCAGUGCUGCCAGUGCCACCUAACAGUGCCAUAUAUGAGUG